GCAACACUGCUUCAUAUACAGAAAACAAUUUUAACCUAACCUAAUUCACUCACUUAAUUGGAAUUCACUCACCUUAUUGUGUAUUAUUAUCCUUUUGAAAAUUUCCUCCAAAAUUUAUCAACUAAUCAUCUUUGGGCUCUGUCAAAACCGUUGUAAUAGUUGAGGAUGAGUGAAGCGAAAACACUACCGUCAGGCCCGCAGCCGGAUGUGAAGUAUCCCAUCCAGGUGAUUUACUGUGGCAACUGUUCGCUGCCGAUCGAAUACUGCGAGUACCACCCCGAAUAUGAGAAGUGCAAACAGUGGCUGGAGCGUAACCUGCCCAACGAGUUUGAGAAGUUCGUCAAAUUGUCGGCCGAUGUCAGCGAAGAGGAUGCAACGGAGGAGAAGAAGCGCCAGAAACGCGGAGGAAAGGGAAUAGUCAAAGCUAGGAAAAAAGAGGAUGGACCGAAACAGGUUUGCCUGUCGAGAGCGCCCAGAGGCAAGAAAAAAUCUGUGACGGUUGUGACAGGCCUGAGCACGUUCAACAUCGACCUGAAGGUGGCUUCGAAGUUCUUCGGCACCCGAUUCGCGUGCGGCUCCUCGGUCACGGGUGACGACGAGAUUGUCAUACAGGGAGAUGUCAAGGAUGAUCUGUUCGACAUCAUUCCGGAGAAGUGGCCCGAGAUUGACGAGGAUUUCAUUGAGGACUUGGGAGACCUCAAGAGAUGAAAACUGUCUGAAUAGUUCCCAUAGAGGACUCCCAUAGAGGACUUGGGAGACCUGAAAACUGUCUGAAUCAAGGUCUAUAAAUACAGGUCAUGACACGAUCCCGUGAUGCAUUGGAAAUUCGCCAUUUUGUGGGUUCUAGUUCACCAAUUUUGAAAUUUAUUUUUAGCUGUUUUCAUUGUAGAUUGAACAU